ACUGGACGGUGAUACAAUACAAUACAAACAUAUUUAUCUCACCAUAUAUACCCCACCACUUCCACCUAUAUAUAACCACCACACUCCCACCACAACCACCACACUCACCACCACCUAUUAAACAUAAACUUGAUAUAUAAUAAUGGAGGGAAAGGAAGAGGAUGUUAGAUUGGGCGCAAACAAGUUCCGGGAAAGACAACCAAUCGGGACCGCGGCGCAAGUCCCGGAUAAGGACUACGAAGAACCUCCGCCGGCUCCGUUGUUUGAGCCGUCGGAGCUGUCUUCGUGGUCUUUUUAUAGAGCUGGGAUUGCUGAGUUUAUUGCUACGUUUUUGUUUUUAUACGUUUCGGUUUUGACGGUUAUGGGAGUGGUUAAGUCGCCCACGAAAUGUGGGACCGUUGGUAUCCAAGGCAUUGCAUGGGCGUUUGGGGGAAUGAUCUUCGCACUCGUAUAUUGCACUGCCGGGAUCUCUGGUGGACAUAUUAAUCCGGCGGUGACAUUUGGGUUGUUUCUUGCAAGAAAGUUGUCAUUGACACGAGCCCUUUACUACAUGGUGAUGCAAUGUCUUGGUGCGAUCUGUGGCGCUGGUGUCGUUAGAGGUUUCGAAGGCGGCAACCAAUACAAACUAAAUGGCGGUGGAGCCAACACGAUCGCCCACGGUUACACAAAAGGCGACGGGCUUGGUGCUGAAAUCGUUGGCACAUUUGUUCUCGUUUACACCGUCUUCUCAGCCACUGACGCCAAACGUAGCGCACGCGACUCUCACGUUCCAAUCUUGGCUCCUUUGCCAAUUGGAUUUGCAGUGUUUCUAGUGCACUUGGCCACUAUUCCGAUCACCGGAACCGGAAUUAAUCCAGCAAGGAGUUUGGGAGCUGCCAUUAUUUACAACAAGGACCACGCAUGGGAUGAUCACUGGGUGUUCUGGGUAGGACCAUUCAUUGGGGCAGCAUUAGCAGCACUUUACCAUCAAGUCGUGAUCAGAGCCAUCCCAUUUAAGAACAAAUGAAGAAGAGGACUCUUUUGUUUGUAACUUAAUGUUUGUAUGUAUUGCUCUUAGGUAGUGUUUUCUUUCUUUUUUUUUUCUUUUUUUUUUUUUUUUUGGCUUUGUAAUAAACCUAUCCCAUUUGAAGUGGAUGGAUAGUGUGUUUGGACCCUCAUAUAAUGGGCUUAUCUUGUAUUGUUGCAACUUAUUAUUCUCUGCACAAUCAAAUCAAUUGGUUUCUCCAAA